UUGAAGAAAAUUGACAAGAAAUGGAGAGAUCAUAUUUGGCUUCAUCUUCUAAUGUUGAAGAUCAGAUUGAACCAUUUGAUUUCUUCGCGGAUAAAACCCAAAAUGCUUUUGAAUUUCUUAGCUUGUCUCAAUCAUCUGAGAAUAUAGAAAAAAUAUCCAAUGAUCAAGAAAACCCUAAUGCUUACACAGAAGAUGAUGUGACUGUUGCCUUACACAUUGGUCUUCCAAAUUCCAGCAAUGCCUCAACUAAUAUUAUUCCAACUGAUGGAAAUACUAUGGGAGCAACCACCCAAUAUUGGAUACCAACUCCUUCACAAAUUAUGGUUGGCUUCACCCAUUUUUCAUGUCACAUUUGUCACAAAACCUUCAAUCGUUAUAACAAUCUUCAGAUGCAUAUGUGGGGUCACGGUUCACAAUAUCGAAAAGGACCAGAAUCACUUAAGGGAACACAACCAAGAGCCAUGCUAGGGAUUCCAUGCUACUGUUGUGAGGAAGGCUGCAAGAACAACAUAAAUCAUCCAAGGGCUAAGCCAUUGAAGGAUUUUCGAACACUGCAAACACAUUACAAGAGAAAGCACGGGACGAAGCGUUUCACGUGCAGGAAAUGUGGCAAGUGCCUGGCUGUGAAAGGGGACUGGAGAACUCACGAGAAAAAUUGCGGGAAACGUUGGCUAUGUGUUUGUGGUUCCGAUUUUAAACACAAGAGAUCUUUGAAGGAUCAUAUUGCGUCGUUUGGUGAAGGUCACGGCCCUUGUCCUCCUAAUUCAUUUGAAGGAGUUGAUACAAUGAAAUUUCUUUAGGAAUUGAUUAAAAAAAAUCACCAAUAGGCAGUUCUUGUUUGUUUUUGUUGUGCCUAAUGAAUUACAGCUUAUACCACAAGUUAGUAAACCGUAUCGAAAUAAAUGCCUCUAUUAUUUUUCUUUUUCAAAAGAAGAACCGUAAAGGAUUUUUU